CAAUAUACAUACUGCAACCAGUGGAUUUAUAGAAAAAUACAUUUUCUAUUUCCGAACGUUACAAAUUCGUAACUCUUCUUAAGUAGGUAAACCAUAGACAAUAGUGAUUCACCUUUACCAAAAAGUGAAGAGUGUAAUAACUAAUAGGCAUGAACAAAAAAAUGGCUUUGCUUGCAAAACUUCUUAUCCUCACCACACUUGUAACAACAAUAUCAGUAAUAUCCAGAGCCAAUGAAGAGCUAAUGAUGCAACAAUGUCACAACUCUGACAAUCCCACCUUGUGUCUUCGCUGUCUAAGCUCCGACCCUGGUUCUCAUGAGGCCGACAAAGUAGGACUGGCUCGUAUCAUCCUCAAAUGCAUCAACUCACACCUCCUUGUUCUCACCAAGAACGCUUCCACUUUGGGCUCGCAGCACUACCAGAAUCCAAAUACUGCAGCAGCGUUGAAGCAGUGCGGUUUGGGUUUCUCAACGGCUAAGCAUGGCGUGGGAGAGGCCGACACUCAACUUAUAACCGGAGAUUACGACAAGGCUGCGUAUGACGUCAGCGUGAAGGUGGUGAAUCCUCCGGUAUCGUGCCGCAACAGUCUCGAGGCACUCAACAUUCAAGUCCCUUCAAGUUUCCGUUACCAUAUGGAUGUAUACUUGGCGUUGACUCAAGCUCUCCUCAGGAUCGUUGAUCGCUUCUAGAUAGGUUUUUGUUUCUCCAACAGUGUUUGUCUUAUCCAUAUAUCAUGAGUGACUUUAAUUCCCUCAAAUAUAAAUCCAAGUUUGCUUCUUCUUGUUAUCCGUUCAAGAUUGAAUGCAAAAUAGUGACACCUAAA